UCUUUUAAGGGGAAUUGAUGGACUAAAGAGCUUCAAAAUUGUCCUUUGUUCUUCAAAUCAGACCUUCCAAUUCCUGUUGGACACGAAAAAGGUCGAGAACUGCAAUGUAGAUUGGGACGAGGUUGUGUACCGCAGGGGGUUCUGGGGAUUUUCUUUUCUUCAAACAUGGCGACACCGGUACUGCAGAGAGUUCGGCAAAUUAUGCAGUCUUCACUCACAUCGAAAGGAUUUGACAGAUUAGCAAAAACGGUUGAGCUACUAUCACUUCAAGAAGGCAAAGCUUCAUUCAAAAUGAAAGUGGAUGAAAGUCAUUUGAAUGGGGUGGGCACUCUUCACGGUGGCAUGACAGCAUUCUUGGUUGAUAAUUUAACUACUGGCACGGUUCUCACUAAGCCACCUCAUUUACCAGGUGUUAGCAUUGAUAUGAGCAUAAGGUAAUGUGAGAGUUGUUUUGUUUCCAAGAGCUCAGGCCUAGGGGGGUACUCCCAUAUAUAAAAAG